AUGAGACCGUCCGCGCCCAGCUUCAUCAAGCUACUGGUUCCCGUCAAGCGGACGAUCGACUAUGCAGUGAAAAUCCGAGUCAAUUCUGCCCAGACGGGCGUCGAGACCGAUGGCGUGAAGCAUUCCAUGAACCCAUUCGAUGAGAUAGCGGUCGAGGAAGCAGUGCGCCUCCGCGAAAAGCUAAAGGCAGACAUCGAGUCCAUCCGCGUCGUCACCGUCGGCGGUCCAAAGGCGACAGAUGUGCUCCGUACCGCACUCGCUAUGGGUGCAGAUACCGGCAUACACGUCGAGACGGCCGACAAGGAGAUCAUCGAGCCCUUAUCAGUCGCAAAGACGCUCAAAGCCAUCGUAGACAAGGAGAAACCGGAUCUCGUCAUCCUAGGCAAGCAGGCCAUCGACGAUGAUUCGUCUCAAGUGGGCGGCAUGCUCGCCGGUCUACUGAACUGGCCACAGGCCAACUUUGCGAGCAAGCUAGACUACGACAAGGGUGCAAACGAGAUUCACGUCUCGCGAGAGAUCGAUGGCGGCCUAGAGACGCUCAAAAUGAAAUUGCCAGCGAUCGUUACCACCGAUCUCAGAUUGAACGAGCCCCGCUAUGCGUCCUUACCGAACAUUAUGAAGGCCAAAAAGAAGAAGAUUGACAAGUUCACGCCCGCCGAUCUCGGCGUCGACAUUGCACCGAGGCUUGAAACGAUCAAGGUCGUACCACCGCCAGCCCGCAAAGGCGGCGCCAAAGUAGACUCUGUCGAAGCUCUGGUCAGCAAGCUCAAGGAAGCAGGCGCAAUCUAG